AUGAUCGUCACGCGAGCCAUUUCUGUGACCAACUUUAUGGUGGCCAGCUCCGCGCUGUGCUUCCAGGUGUUUGUGCUGUACCCGUGGCACAAGGAGCUGGACGCGGGAUUCGAAGACCUCAAGAAGGAGCACCUCAAGGUCCUCAGCGCCGUCGGAAGCAACAUCUCCGACCAACAGCGAGCCUCCCUGACCGAGAAGAUCAGCGAGCUCAAAUCCCAGAGCACCAAGAAGUGGUGGUGGGCCUAA